GUUGUGAUUCGUAAAAAAUUUUGCAACAAAUCGAACGAGUGCGUAUAAAUUUUGGAGGAAAUAGCGAAAAUGUAAAAAUAGGCUAAUUCAUCAUUUUUACUGGGGUGAGGGGGAUGCAAUCGUGAAAAGGGAGGACGAAAUCUGUCAGACGCAUUUUUUGUUUACAACGCAACAAGUGCAGAAAGUACACCGUAGUGUAGCUACGAAGAACAGAUAUUUAAAGACUAACAGUAAGACAGAUAACCUAACCUCUCAAUGGUGCGUCUGCGACGCACAGUGAAAAUUCUAGUUUAUCGAUAAUGAAGACUCGAACAGUGUGAUAUAUCUUACACGAUGUCGUCUGAUAAUGAUAAGGACGCUCAAUUACAGGCGUACAAGGAUGACCCGCGAAUUCCUUGCCAGUACGGCGUCAAAUGCUAUCAGAAAAAUCCGCAGCAUCACAGCAAGUAUAAACACCCGCCAAAAAGGGAAAAGGUAGAGAAAAAAACCGAGAAGUUAAUUAUUGGAGAAAAGAGAAAACAUCCUGUUAAUGAUGACGGAAAAGCGCGAUCGGAGAGUCCACAAAAAAAAUUGCAGAAGACACGCGAGUCUUCCGAAAGAAAUUUACAUAAUCUUUCCCCGAGUCCGGAGAGAACUGAUGCCGUUAUAGAUAAUACUGGGGAUGAUAAAGAAAAAUUUAAUGAGAAACCAGAAACGUCGAGUAAGGAAAUAUCAUAUCAAAUAUCAUCGAAUGGAUGUGACUCACUUAAUUCGACCGAGCACAAGCACAAUGCGGCUGAGGAAACAUCGAUGUCUACGGAUGCCGAGAGAAUUAUUGUGGAUCUGUUUCUGGUCGAGAUGCCGAAAGAUUUUUUUCAAUUCUACCAGUUUUGCAAAAGCAUAUCAAAGGAUAAUCCUCUUUCGGCUUGCAAGGCUGUUCGCUUGAAACUUGUGGGUCCUUAUGAUGCGCUGGACGGUAAAAUAAAAGUUCCCUCAAGUGAGGACGAUAAGGAGAAAUAUUUGACACACUGGAGAUAUUAUUAUGACCCUCCAGAAUUUCAGACUGUUGUGAAAUGCGAUGAUAAGGAGGGAUUACAUUUCGGUUACUGGCGAGAUGAUGCUGUGGAAAAACCAGUAUUUGUAGCUAAAAAUCGCGCAAAUGUGAAUGGCGUAUUUGAACCUGCCGCAGAAAAUAUAUUCGGUGCUGUCGACGCUUAUUUGCAAAACAAAGCGAAAUCGGCCAAUCCUUUCGAGAAGACCAGCAUAAUGCGUUUGCAUUCGCAAUUGAAAAACUUCGCCAAACAGCACGAUAUAACGCUGGAGAAAAAUACCGCAGACAUGCGAGCGCGAGAGAGACGGGUUGUGGCGCGAACCUUUCACAAAGCAGGCAUUGUAGUUCCUUAUGAUAAGAAAACUCAAUUGGGCUACAGAGAUUUGGCAGCAACAGACAAUGACUUGCAAAAGAUACUGAAGCAGAUAGAGGAGGCUGGUAGUCCGGAAGAGAGAAAAGUGCCGAUCGCGAAGCUCGACGAGAUCGUAAGGUUGGCGACGAUAGCCGCGGACGAGUGCGACUUCGGUACCUGCUUAGAACUGGGACACGACCUCUUCACGAACGGCGGCAUUCACGUACAAACUAGAGCUCUGCAAAUGUUAUCUAUUGCUUACACUCAUUUAAAAAGGCCACAGCUGUUGAAAAUACUUGAAGCACAUUUGAAAAACAGAAAAAAGGAUUGUGAAUUAAGUGUAAUUUGAAAAACAUUUAAAGACAAUUAUAUGUAUUUUUAAAUUAAACUUUUAUCACAUAUUUGUAUGAUCUUUUUGAAAACAUCUAUCUAAUGUUUUGCUGCAAAUAAACGAUAAUACUUGUGUAUACUUAAAC